AUGGAAAGAAAACUGCAGAUUUUGAUUCUAAUAUUGGGCAGUUUGGUCAAUGUAUUUGGAGAUUUACCUCCUGAAAUACAAAAAUGCAAGUCCAGCGAUAACGAUGACUGCAUAGCCAAAUCCAUAAUGAAAAUUAUGGAACUGUAUCCUCAUGGAAAUACAGAAUUCGGUUUACCCAAUAUCUCCGCUGUAGCCCUUAAAGAACUUGUAUUUGCGGAAAGCAAUAGAGAUGCACCCAUCCAAUUAAAUUUCAAAUUCAAUACAUUAGUCGUUGGUGGCCUAGAAAAGCUACAUGUAACGCGAAUACAUGGCUUCAAUAAGAAUAUAUCGAAAACCGUUGAACUUGAUUUUUUAAUACCCCAGGUCACCAUAGAUGGUGACUACAAAAUGAAUGGUAAACUUUUGCUGUUGCCCUUAAAUGGCAAAGGUAAGGGUAAAGUUCAGUUUAAGGAAACUGUAUUCAAGUUCAAGGUAAAAAUAGAAUUAGAAAAUCGUAAUAAUAAAAAUUAUGGCGUAAUCAAAAAACUAAAAUGUUGGUCAAUAGAGCCAAAGAAAAUUGUUUUUAAUUUGCAAAAUAUUGUUAAUAAUAAUGCCAUGUUGUCGGAAAGCUUUAACAGCGUUAUUAAUGAUAACUGGAGUGAGCUUUGGAAAGAAUUGAAAAAGAACACAAUUAAGGCUGUGGAAGACGUUAUUACAAAUAUUAUUAGUGGUAUAUUAAAUGUACUGCCAAUAACCGAGUUUUAUUCGGAUUAA